UUUACCACGGAUCAUGACGUGGACGAAAUUCUUUCGGCGGUGGUACGGGACGCUCAACGACCGCAGGAUCGGUGAAGUGCUAGUGGAGAACUGUGCAGCCAAGUGCCUCGUCACGAAUGAUCCCCGUAUGGUGGAAUACAGUGAUGUUGUCCUGUUCCACGUGCGCAACAUGAACAUCAAGGAUUUCCCAACCAAGCGCUUAAGCUGGCAGAAAUGGAUCUUCUACUUGAUGGAACCGCCUCCAAACACAGAGUUCCAGGACUUCGAUCUCGUGAACGACAUGUUUAUUUGGACCAUGACUUACAGGAAGGACUCUGAUGUUUACGUGCCCUACGGAAGGAUUCUACCUCGCAAUAGCAAGGCUGCUACAACGACGAGAGACAUGAGGGACAUCUGGAAGUCUAAGAGUAGAACCGCCGUAUGGUUGGUCAGCAACUGUCAAACUGAAAGCAAAAGGGAAAUGUUUGUUCGUGAAAUGAGAAGGUACAUGGACGUUGAUGUGUACGACUCCUGUGGCAACCUGACGUGUGCGUGGUUUCGAGGUGAUUCCUGUUACGUGGACUUCGAGCGUACCUACUUCUUCGCACUUGCUUUCGAAAACUCAAUAUGCAAAGAUUAUGUGACAGAGAAGUUCUUCAAUGCGCUGAAGCACGACAUCGUUCCAGUCGUGUUCGGCGGCGCAAAUUACACCCGAAUAGCACCACAUGGGGCGUAUAUCGACGCCCUCUCCUUCGAAUCUCCCAAGCAUCUUGCAGAGUAUCUCGUAAGGCUAUCGAAGAAUUAUACGGAGUACGCCACCUACUUCACCUGGAAAGACAGUCACGACAUAUUUGAGUGGGACGCCGGAUUGUGCGAGCUUUGCACAGCGCUGCACAACCGUUUCGAACUUCUGCGGGAUUUUUCGUCGUACCGCGACAUAAAGAAGUGGUGGUUCGACAAGAGUCAUUGCCGGAGAUGGAAUUCUAGCAGUGCGACGUGA